AUGACCAUUAACAUUACCACAAUCGGCUUCGAGCCGUCAACAAUCAUUCUCAGCCCACCCGCGCAGCAACUUGUGACAGAAGCAAACGUUCAGAUUGCUCCUCCAAUCAUGGGUACAUUCGCGGAUAUGUUGCUCCAAGGGAUUUUAUUCAGUCAAACUGCCAAUUUCUUUGGAUUCAGAGACACCGACGGGAGUAAGAACAGGUUCACGUGGCUCGUAAUACUCCUCAACGCUCUCUGCAUCACCAAGUCGGCCCAGAACAUUUUGAUCUGCUGGAACAUGGUCAUUGCAAACUAUUGUAACCCAGACGUCACCGUAUUACUCAUUGCUGUCGAUUGGCGGCACUAUUCGACCGGGCUCACAACGGCAAUUAUCGCUAGUCUCGUCCAGAGCUUCUUCAUAUAUCGGUAUUGGAUGCUCACGAGAAGAAGAAUCAUUUGCGGUGUAACAAUGCUUGGUGUUGCCUUUUCACUCGUUGCCGCUAUUCUGGUCACUGUCUACCUUCCUCGUGUCGAACAUCACCGAAUUCGAGCGUGGUCUCUCGUUCAUUUUAUCUUUGCUAUUGCUGUUGACACGCUCAUUACUGGUGCAACUGCUCUACAUCUCUACCAGCAACGGCCAGACAUGCGAUCAACUUCAGAAUUGAUUGAUCGUCUCGUGCGCAUGACAUGGCAGACGGCUCUCCCACCGACACUUGGAGUUGUAGUCACCGCUGUCGUGCUUGAGACACGUCCAAUCGAAUUGACGCAUUUGGCGUUCAAUAUUGUCCUGUCGAAGCUAUAUGCAAUUUCACUCAUGUAUACGCUCAACACCCGCAAUGAGAUGCGCAGCGAACGUGCCAGCUCGCACGAAGCCUCUGCGUCUACGGGAGCACGUAUCACGGUUACCAAUAUCCACCACAAUACGGGGCGGGCGAGUAUGUCCAUUGGGGGCAGCGGGACGAUCAAUACGAAUGGGCAUGCCGCUGUGCACGGACGACAUACCUCGGCAACGAGAAUCGUUAGCUUCAUCACGGAUCACCCGGAUAAACUACAUUCACCUCCGCCUCUGGGUGUGCAUGUUGCCACGCCGGUACACAGGAGCGACAGCACGGAUGUAGAGAUGGACAGUCUGGAAAAGCUUCCUAGACCCAAUGACGACUCGGACGUGGAUAGAGAGGAUUGGAAAGAUAAGAAACGCAUAGCUUAA